ACAUGGAGUGAGGUGGGGCGCCACCUUUGCUGUAGGACUGCUUCCGGGUUGUCGGGUGACCUUGAGCACGUAGGAACGCGAUGGCGGUUCUUUGGCGUUUGAGUGUCCUCUGCGGUGCCCAAGGAGGCCGAGCGCUGCUGCUUCGAACCCCGGUGAUCAGACCUGCUCAUGUCUCAGCAUUUCUGCAGGACCCACCUACCCCAGGAUGGAGUGGGACACAGCACAUUCACCUGUCUCCCAGCCACUACGCUGGUUCCAAGGCUGCAUCUCUCCACUGGACUAGUGAGAGAGUUGUCAGUGUUUUGCUCCUGGGUCUGCUUCCAGCUGCUUACAUGAGUCCUUGCUCUGUGAUGGACUACUCCUUGGCUGCAACCCUCACUCUCCACAGUCAUUGGGGUCUUGGACAAGUUGUUACAGACUAUGUUCCAGGGGCCGCUACUCAGAAAGCUGCCAAGGCGGGCAUUUUGGCACUCUCGGCUUUAACUUUUGCUGGGCUUUGUUAUUUCAACUAUAAUGAUGUCGGCAUCUGCAAAGCUGUUGCCAUGCUGUGGAGGCUUUAACCUUUUUGACUUAAUACCUUGAGAAUUGAUUCUAUUCUUUGCCUCUGCUCUAUCACACCGUUCAACUCGCAAUGAGGAGGAAAUAACAGAUAAGUCCAUUGGUGAGAGAAACAACUUCUCCUAAUCACCUGUUAUUUUUCAAAUUUGUUAAAUGGUGUUGUUGCCCAUCAUCUCAUAUGGCUCACAAUAUAAACAUUAUAUCAACAUUAAUAUGAGCUUUUGCUUUUUAAUUUACCAAAUCCUUAAAGGGAAUUCGGCUUUAUUACCAUUGCUGCCUGAUCAAGCUUCUGUAUUUGUCCAGGGAAUGAAGGAGAAAGGGAAAGACUGUUAAUUCAUAUGUAAAGACUUUGUAAAAAAUUAGGCACUAUUUAAUUUUUGAAAACUUCCUUAUAUUUAGUUGAUACCAGUGGUUACAUGUCCUAGGAGACUGUAAAAUUAGGAGAUGCUAGUAUUUUAAGUAGGAAAGAGAGUCCCUAAAGAUGUAUCAACAUAUUUCAGAUUUACAAUGGAAAUUUAGUCCUUAAAUGUGUUUAUUUUACUUGUCCUAAAAUAAUCCAUCCACAAAGCUAGAAGAAAUAAAUUGUUAUUUUCCCAUUGGGAAUCUCAAAUGUGAAAAUGUAUACUAUAAAAAUAAAGGUUUUUAAAAUAAAUGUUA